AAUCCACCCCCACAGCAGGCUGUUCUCUUCCCUUUCCCGGUCCUAGCAGCAUGGCGGUUCUGUGUCGCCUGUUGGUCACUCUCCUGUCCCUGGGGGCCCUGUGUGGGGCUGAACCUGUGAAGUUCCUGGAGUGCGAAUCUACAGCAGAACAAAUCAUAGUGGAUAUCACUCCCUGCCCUCUUCAACCUUGUCAACUUCGCAAAGGGCAAAUGUACAAUGUGAAUGUCACCUUCACUAGCACAACCUCGAGUAGUACCAGCAAGGCUGACGUUCAUGGUAUCUUAUCUGGAAUUCCAGUUCCAUUUCAUAUUCCUAAUUCUGAUGGAUGUAAAUCUGGGAUUAAAUGCCCCAUCCAAAAGAAUGGGAGGUACAGCUACGUCACUUCAUUACCAGUGAAAGACAUAUACCCAACAGUUAAGUUGGAGGUUAAAUGGGAACUGAAGGAUGACGAUGACAAGGAUAUCUUCUGCUGGAAGAUUCCAAUCCAGAUUACUGACUAAACCAGAUCACCGGAAUACUAACCCCAACAAGUGCUUCUCGUUCUUGUUCACUGUGGUCAGCUGCACUAUGGAAAAUUAAGCCAAACUUCUCUUGAAGAGAUUUUUUGAUAUUUUUACAAAGCCUUAUGCUUGUUUACUUUGGAGCACAGUUUUUAAGAAUUUAAUUAUGAAUUGUCCAAGGCUUUAAUACUAAACAUUUCUUGAAAAUUGAGAUAACAAGGUGUAGAGCUGGAUGAACGCAGCAGGCCAAGCAGCAUCAUAGGAGCAGGACUCGGCCUGCUGCGUUCAUCCAGCUCUACACCUUGUUAUCUU